AUGAAAUUCUCUCCCUAUUCCCAAAAUCAAUGCAUCCUUACCUCCUCGCUUGUGUGUUUGCUAAUAUCUGCCACAUUUGCUUGGCCCCAUGAUGCCACCAGUGGCCAUCAUGGUUUACAUCAUGCUGAUCACAGCAGUAAUAAUAACCACAAUGAUUCCAUAGAUUCGUCCUCCUCCUCAUCAGCAUCUACUACGACAGGUGUCCAUCAUAGUGAUUGGCAGCGCAUGGAGGUAAUGGAUGCCAAUGGCUUAUAUUUACUUGAAUGGUGGACGAAAGCAAAGGAUAUUUAUUUUCGUGUUACCGUCAAUACUCAGGGUUUUAUUGGCUUGGGAUUUUCGCGUAAGUCCGGUAAAAUGUCGGGUGCUGAUAUGGUUUUAUUGUGGGUCGAUGAUCGUACGGGAAAACCAAAUGCUUUGGAUUGUCAUGGCUCAUAUUCUCAACAUAAUGCCGCACCCAUACAAGAUGAUACACAAAACUAUAUAGUUUUAGAUGGUUUUCAAAAUAACACCCACACUCAAGUGGAAUUUUAUAGACAGAUUGAAACAUGUGAUCCUUACGACAUACCAUUAGGGACCGAUACAAUUAAAGUUUUAUGGUCAUUUGGCGACACCGAUCCCAUUCACGGCAACCUCAAAGGCCAUGGUAAAAAUCGUGGUUCCAAACCUCUACACUUACUGGGACCCAUGUUUCGUAAAUCUCAUGCUCCCAGCCGCAAUCGUCAGGAUGUGCAGAAAUGGGAUGUAACCGUGCAAAAUGUAACCAUAGAUGCCUCCAUGGACACUUUGUAUUGGUGCAAAAUUAUUAAGGCUCCUGCACUGACAGAAAAACAUCACAUUAUUGGUUAUGAAGCUUUGUUGACACGCGAAAGUGGCGAUUCACAACCUUUGGUACAUCACAUGACUCUAUUUGAAUGUUCCACUAAAUCAUAUCCUGGCUCUGAUCCGGCCUCUUGGGAUGUUUGGGUGAAGAGCAGCGGUGCCGUAUGUAAUAGUAAUUUAUUAACGCCACGGGAUUGGGAUGCUUGCAUUACACCAGUGGCUGUUUGGUCAAUUGGCUCUUCAGGACAAUUUUUACCUCCACAUGUUGGCAUACCAGUGGGUGGCAAAACGGGUCCCAAAUAUUAUAUGCUGGAAAUCCACUAUGAUAAUCCUCAUGCUCUUAAAUCUUCAGACCAUUCUGGCUUUCGUAUACAUUAUAGCAAGCAUUUGCGCAAACAUGAUGGUGGUGUAAUGAUAUCAGGCGUUUCUGUCUCUGAUACACAAUUAAUACCACCAGGUCAAAAGCUUUAUCGUAAUGUUGGCAUCUGUGGUCCUUCGUGUACGAAUGAGAUGUUUCCUAAGGAUGGCAUAAAAAUAAUUUCCGGUACUUUGCACUCACAUCGUGCGGGACGUAAAAUGACUUUAAGGCAUGUACGCGAUGGCAUGGAAUUGCCACGUAUCAUUGAAGAUGACAAUUAUGAUUAUAACUAUCAACAAGUUAGACAAUUGGAAAAUGAAACGGUGGUCUUGCCGGGUGAUUAUAUUAUAACAGAUUGUGCUUAUGAGACUUCUUCACGCAAGCGUCCCACAUUUGGUGGCUAUUCCACCAAGCAGGAAAUGUGUUUGUCUUUUAUAACCUAUUACCCGCGCAUAGAGUUGGCUGGCUGUUAUAGCAUGACUCCGGUUAGAGAAUUUUUCGAAACGUUUGGUGUUUAUCAGUUCUAUUCUCUAAAUAUGACCGAUGUGGAGAAUUUAUUCUUGUAUAAUGGCAAUGUUUUGGACUAUAUACCCAAUACCAUAUAUGCCAAGACUAAACCAAAUCGGGCAAAUAUGACGGAGGAGGAUAUACUUUAUGAGGAAUCUUUACUAAAUAAACUCAUCAUUUCCGAUCCAGUGGAGUUUCAUGAUCGCACUUUUCUUUCCCAUCUCAAUCAAUUGCCCUGGUCGGAGCCCUUGUUUACCAAGCGUGUGGAGCAGAGCAUGAUUAAUGGCAAACAUAUGACCUUUUGCCGGGUCUCCAAUGAUGCCAUUUCUAUUCCCUCCGAAAUUAUACGUUAUCCGAAUUUCACCACCUUUGUUAAGCCGCCCAGCAUUUGUCCCUAUCAAAUGCUAAUGGACAGUUCUCCUCUAAGUUCUCCUGCUGCAGAUUUAAGUUUAAAUAGUAUAUUUGUAUUAUGUAUUAGUUUGAAUUUAUUUAUUUUAAACUAUUUUGUUUAUUAAUUAAAAAAAAGGUUUGCUCAGCUCAAUGAAUUUCAUAAAAUCCUUUUUGUAAAUAGAAAUUCACUCAAAGUAUUAUUAUGAUUUAGCCAUAAGUUUAAAUUUGAAACCGUAACAAAUGGAAAUUUUUAUAAAAAU